AUGGCGACCGAUGACCACAUGAAGAUCGAGGCCCUGGGCCUACCCCCCGGCGGCGAGAUGAUGAACUUCGGCAGGUUCGACCUGGAGAACGGCUUUCACAUCGACGAGGUCACGGUCGGGUAUACCACAUACGGCACCCUCAACGAGGCUGGCGACAACGCCAUCAUCGUCGGACACAGUUUGACGUCCAACAGCAACGUGAACGAGUGGUGGGGCGAGCUCCUCGGCGCCGGCGACGAGUGCAGCCUGGACACGGAGAGCGACUUCAUCGUGUGCUGCAACUACCUGGGUAGCCCGUACGGAUCGUCCUCGCCGGUGACUCCGGACCCCGCAAAGCCCGACGGCAGGUGGUACGCCGCGGACUUCCCCACCCCCGUCACGAUAAGAGAUAACGUCCGCCUGCAGCGCAAGCUCCUGGACCACCUCGGGGUGAAGCACCUGAGGAUGGCCAUCGGCGGGAGCAUGGGAAGCAUGCUCGCGCUGGAGUGGGCGGCGACGUACCCCGACUUUGUCACCGAGCUGGUCCUCAUCGCCGGUUGCGGGAGGCACACGGACUGGGCGAUCGGCAUAGGCGAGGCGCAGAGGUUCAGCAUCAUGGCGGACGCCAAGUACAAGGGCGGGGACUACGACCCUAACGACCAGCCCAAGGCUGGUUUGGCCACGAGCAGGAUGAUGGCCAUGCUGAGCUACCGAGCGCCGGCGUCGGUGGAUGAGAGGUUCUCUCGUUCGGUCAUGGGCCUCGGGCCGGGUGAGAAGGCGAAGCACAUGAGGAAACCGUCGUCACACGUCGAUCUGGACGCCGUGGCCCACGCGAACGAAAGCGCGCAGUCCCUCCCGUACUUCCAGGUUGAAUCCUAUCUCCAGUACCAGGGGAAGAAGUUCAUCCGGCGCUUCGACGCGAACUGCUACAUCCAGCUCACCUACACCCUGGAUUCGCACGACGUCGCGAGGGACAGGGGCGAGUACCUCGAGGUGCUCAGGAGGCUGACGCACAGGACGCUCGUCGUGGGCAUCACCAGCGACGUGCUGUACCCGUUUAAGCUUCAGACGGAGCUCGCGCAGAACUUGCCAAACGCGGAGAUGUACGCCAUCGACUCCCCGCACGGCCACGACGCCUUCCUCAUCGAGAUCAAGGAGCUGAACAAGGCCAUCGUCAGGUUCAGGCGGGGCGAACGCGCGGACCCCAACGUGGCGCACGCGCUAGGGACCAUCGAGGAGGGCGAGGAGAAGCUGGCGAGCGGGUUGGAAUCCGUGGCGGAGCUGCGGGGCGCCGUGCUCGCGCUGGAGGAUGAGCUGGCGAAGAGCAGGGCGCGGGAGGAGUUGGAGGCGAGGCGGGGCGACGCGCUCCUGGCGCAGGUGAUGCAGCUGAAGCACGAGAUGGAGGAAAUGAGGGAGGCUUCCGUUGGGGGGCGGUUGGGCGAGGACGGCGGCGUGUACUCUUACGGCGGCGGGACGGUGAACGGCGCGGCGCACGGGCUUCGGGUGCUACCCGCGAAUCCGCCAAUGUCCGCGAGGAGGUUUCAGCCGGUGUUCGGCAGGGUCAAGUCGGAGGAGGGCGGGAACGCGCCGGCGACGGCGUUGGGCGCGUUCUGA